AUAUUUGGUAGUACUGCAGAAUGGAGAGAGUUUGUGUUUAUUUAUUUAGAAAUAGAAAAAUAAAAAAAUAUAUAUAGCAUUUGAAUGUACUCAAAGUGGCUGGCGGAAGGGAACUUGUGACGAACGGAAAGCCACGGCACCUUGAUGGAUGCUGGCGGGAUGACCUCACAGCCGCGGCUCACCGUGAAGCGUGAGGUCGAAGCGGAGAUGCCCGCUCGGAGUAGCUGCAAGAAUGUGUGUGGCGGUCCUACAGAGAAUGGAAACUUACAUUUUGCGUUUGUUAAGUGGACCCCCAGUGUCGACACUUUGCACGAGUCGUUGCCACUCAUAAAAUGUGAAAGAGAGGAUCCGCUUGAAUGUGAGCCGGAAGAUGCAGGCGGCUGCGACACCCUUGCGCCAGUCUCGUGCAAGGACAAUGUGCAGCAGGACCCGCUGGAAGCGUCGGUCAAGUCGGAGCCGGCAGAAUCCGCGGGCGACUGCGACAUCCCCGCGCCCGUCGUUUGCGAGGACCUCGCGGAACAGAGUAUGCUCUCCGAGAUAAAGGCUGAGCAACGGCUCGAAGGCAGACACGACAGUGCCGCAGCGCGGAGUCCCGGUCGCGUGGCCCUCAAGAGCCGUCCUGUGCACAGACACCCGGGACAAGUUCGCGGUCGUCGCGCGAAGAACGGCACGGCGAUCUGGGCCGGCAACGACUGCCCGAGCUGCGGGAGGGGGUUCGCGGACCGGCCCAGCUUCAAGGAGCACCUGGUGACCGCGGAGUGCUGCUGCGCGGGGUGCCGCGGCUGCCCCCCGCGCGCGGAGCGUGCCGGCGGCGAGGGGCAGUGGUGCUGCGAGAUCUGCAGCGAGUACUUCGACCGGCAGUGCUCGCUCGCCGCGCACAUGUCCGCGCACACGGGCACCCGGGUGCUGUUCUGCCGGCUGUGCGGGCGGCUGUUCCAGAACAAGGGCAGCCUGCACGCGCACCUCCGCGGCCACCUGGGCGAGCGCCCCUUCCGCUGCAACUACUGCAGCAAGGCCUUCGUGAUGAGGAGCCCCCUCUCCAAGCACGUCAAGGUCCACCUGCUGUUCGGCUGCGACCACUGCGGCCGGGCGUUCGCCCGCAAGGAGCUCCUCAUCGACCACAUCCAGGGCCACUCGGACGACGGCCCGUUCGACUGCGACUACUGCGGCGAGUCGUUCGCGCGGAAGGACGUCCUGGCCGGCCACAUCGGGGUCCACGUGGCCGAGGGCCCCUUCAGGUGCGGCUGCUGCGGGGAGAAGUUCCUGCGCAAGGAACUGCUAGCGGAGCACGAGAGGGACUACUUCGAGGAGCGCCUCCUGGCGAACCUGAAGGUGAACCGCUUGCACCCGUGCCGGCAGUACGGCAAGGGCCCCUGGGCGCGGCCCGAGUCGGAGCGCCCGGUCCCGUGCAAGGCCAGGUUCACUUGAGGCGUCGCUGCCCCCCCGGCUCCUGUGGCGGGAAUUGUAUUGUUUAUUUCCCACUGUGACAAACUUCGCUGUCCCGUUCUUCAGUACAAAUGCUAUGUUUGGGGGUGGGGGGGGUGGGGGAUUUUUUUUCAUUCGUGUGACAUGCAAAAUUUUAAUGUGUGGUCAUCUGGUCAGUGGUAAACUACUCUAUUAUAAAUUAAUGUUUGCAUUCUAUGCACUUUGCGUACUUGAAAGUUUUUGUCUUUAUUUUUGUACUUAGUAAUUUAUUUAUGUAUUUAUUCAGUUUGUUGUUAGCUUUUGCAAUGUUUUUUUUUUUUUUCCUUUAGUAUAUCAUUAACAGAUUUUUCCCAGUUUUACACUAUUUUAUAAAAAAAAAAUUUAUGAAUGUUUUUUUGAUAUAUAUAUCUGUGUGUGUAUGUGUGUGUGUGUAUAUGUAUGUGUGUAUAUAAAAUAGGAUGUUGGGAUGUAUGAUGUUGAUUAAUUCCGACACUGUUUGACCGAUCACUGUGAAAAUUGGUAUGCAUGGAUAUUUGAACACGGAGAAUACUUUCAUAACAUCCAUUUUGCUAUAACUCGCCACUAGAUGGUGCUGCAGCGCGUCAACUUCUAAACCGUUCAACCGAUCGCCAUGGGUAAACAGAAAAUCAUAGGUCUGAGACAAACAAACAGCAGUUGUGUGCCAUUUCUCUAUGUCCACCACACUGUCUUAUAGCGCUAUCCGUUUUUCUUUAACUCGCGGACAGUAUAUCACCCUGUGUUCAGCCCGGGCAAGGACUGCUACUGCAGCCAGUACUUACCUAAUACAAAGUGAAUUGUUUAUUGUGGCUUUGUAACUGGAGUUGUGUCUGCGGUGUUUCUACAACCAAUGCAGUGGUUCACCAAACAUUGUUAUAGGAUUCUUCGUGUCACUACUUUGAACAGAAUGCCCUGAAGAUUAAUUUGAUUGGUUGUUCCAGGUACCAAACAAAUGGAAAUGUAUGCUCAUUGCGUUAAAGUCAGAGUGGUCGUGCCCGUCCUUUUUUAUUAUCUUUGAAUGAUUUGUGCAAUGGGAGUGCAUGACUUGAUAAUAGCUUUUGGACAUACGCCAUUGCUAAGCACAUGUAUGUCUGUAGAAGAAAACUACAAAAAAACACAAAUGACAACAGCAAUUUUUUUGCUUAAUUUGCGUUUUUGUCGUUUGUGUUUUUUUGUAGUUUUCUUCUACAGACAUACAUGUGCUUAGCAAUGGCGUAUGUCCAAAAGCUAUUAUCAAGCCGUCCUUUCUUACAGCAACUGUCUAUCAUCCUUAGUUUUCGGUUUGAACUUUAAUGUACGAUCUCUCUCUCUUUCCUAUGAAUCAUCUCUGCCAAUAGGGUCCUCCUUGUUUGGGAAUGCUCUGUUGCUAGAUACAUACCAUAGAGCACAAACAUUUAAGAGACACUUUAUAAAGUAAUUAAAAAAAAAUUUUUUUAAUGUAUCUGAAACUUUUUUUUUUGUAAUUUAAAAUUGGAAUACUUUUUUCUUGUUGUAUUUCAUAGAGAGUGUCACAGCAAAGUUGGUGAUAGAAACAUGAGCUAUAUUCUGCCAUUUGUUCUGAUGUCAUGUUAGUAAUUUUAAAUGCUUUAAUUGAAACCUAACAAAUGUACAAAUGUUAGCCGAUUUUUAAUUUCUGAACAUUUCUAUUUUUAAAAAAUUGUUUUAAUUUGUUUGUUUUGUGGUUAGCUGGUGCUAAAAUUAACUUAUUUAAAUGUCUUUGAAGUUGUAUGACUGUAAACUAUGAAAAUAUGUUGUAAAGGUCACAAAAGUUAGCAAAAAAAAUGGCCGGAAAUUGUCUGUAAUGGUGCUGAAAGUUGAAAAACUUUAAUUUCCAUCAGCCUUUUUUUUAACUUACAGCUCGUUUUUAAAGCCUCAUUUGAAUUCAUAAUUGCAUAUUUAAUAUAAGCAAACUGUCCACUUUAUGAUGUGGUAAUUAUCUCUCAAAUGCUUUUAGUUUUCUAACUUAAAAAUCGGCACGUUCCUGUGAACGGUAGAUUUAUUUUUUGUUAAUUUCAGUUUUACAUGUUAUUUACAAACAAACUGCUUUGAAGUAAAAAUGAUGUAAGACAAUUUUAUUAAAAGUUCUGAAAUAGUUUUACAAGGUACGUACUGAAUAAAUACAAAUUUCUAGUAUGUUAUUUUCACAGUUUAAUCAUAGGCCAUUUUGCACUGUGUAAGGCAUUAGUGAUUCGGUUUUGGGCUAAUACUAAAUCAUAUUUCACAUGCAGAAAAAAAAAAACGUAACUAUAUAGACAUUGAUAGCAAGAGUAUCUUUAGAAAAUCCUAAUUUGUUAUAUCUUUUUAUUUUUUUCCCAUUUUGUUGAGACACUGUAUUGGUGCCUAGUAGCCACAUAAAAGUGUGAAAUAUUCCACUAAUGCUUAGCAAUUUGAAAUUAUUAAUUGCAAUAGUGAUGUGACAGUGUCAAAAAAAAAUUAUUAUUAAUUUUGUUAAUUUUAUAAUUUUAUGUAAUUGUAUUAUUUUUCAAAAUUUUUUUGUUAUUUAAAAAUUUUAUUACAAUUGUGAAAUCUUACUUAAUGCAUUGUGAUUAGUGAGAGUAACAAUUUUUUUAUGUCUAAUAAAGGGUUGUCAGUUUA